AUGAGCCGUAUGAUCGAACUUGCCCUCGGGCGCGACAUCCCUUGGGGGGCCGUCGUUAUUCAAGGUGUUACCCACGCAUAUCGGUGUCUCCGACUCAGAUCUUUGGACCUCUCAAAGGCGUCCAAUGACAAGAUCGUUUAUAGGGAGUAUUUCAGGAGCGUCACCGUGUUCCUGCAUCUGGCCGAUAGGUUCAUCACAAGACUCGUCUCCGCGUCCAAUCACGGAUCCCACGAAGUAAAGACAAUUCGGACAUACGCACGGGACGUGCUCGAAGAGUUGAUGCACGACGUACUGACUAUGGAGUACUACCUUCGAAUCAAGGCCAGAAAGCCAUAUGCUUGGGAUUAUGGUGAGAGUAAAUCUCUCGAGGAGCUUAUGGAUGGCCUCAUCUGGUCUGCAUCCGACGACCUACUGAGAUGUCUACCCGAUGGAUUUGUUGAACACCUCAUGCACGUCGCGAACACUAUCGAGGUGGUGGUGGACUCUUGCGAGGGUAUACCCAGGUUCUCCAAAGGUCUCCGUCCCAGGUGGCUCAAUCUUCAUCGUAAACACGCCAUUCGACUACAGACGAGAAUAGUUGCCUUUCAUGGGGACCCUCUCGCAAGGCCUCUUACCGAACAUCCAUCGACCGAACUGCGUGUAGGUCGCCCUGAGGCCACAUCCAAUGACGUCGCAGCUCCACUCCACAAUGUCCCCAUCGUGGACACCCCGAACGAUUCCGCACUGGGACCCGCGGGAGCUGAAGACACUCCGAAUACCCAUGCGUCUCCAACGGAUCCCUCGGAGACGGGUCUGUAG